AUUUGUUCCACAAACUGUGCAGUCGUAUUUGAACACCUCGAACAUUUGACAUCGGUCCUCACUAUCAUGGGUGGUCGAGACACGCUUUCAUUGUCCAGCAUUUCUGCACUCUUCGAAGCCAUCUCGAGCAAGGAUGAGACCAUGCUAGCGGAUGCCUUGCGAAUGGCCACCAUCGAAACUGUGCUGUGCUUUGAAUCGACCUACGGAGUUUCUCCGUUAAUUUGGUGCGUUCAAACUGGCGACGUGAGUUAUCUUGGAUUGGUGGAAUGUCUGCUGUCCAGCGGAUUGUACGAUUGCCAAAUGGUUGACAGCAAGGGCCGCUCAGUACUAGCCAGCAUAGCCGAGAAGCAUACCGACAAUCCUAAGUUUGUGGAAAAGUUAAUUGAGCUUGAGAUCCAUGGAGUGGAUGAGGAAACCGCAUGCUAUAGAAUAUUAAGACAAAACUCGUUGCAAUUACUUAAGCUUUAUAUAGCUCUAAAGAAACUCGACGGAGCAGCAUUGUUUCAACCACUAGCCAACGCCCUGAUUCAGAUAAAUAUCAAAAAUGUGAAAAUUGACUUUGAUCUACGGGUGUUCGUACAGUGGAAGCUCGCCGACUAUGGCCAUCGGCAUUUAUCGGGUGAUUACAAAUUCCUUCCAGGACAAACGACGCACCAUGAGUGGAAGAAGCACAUCAAAGUGAUAAGUGAUUGUUGGAGCGUUAUAGCCGAUAAGUACGAUACUGUACAAACCGUUCGUCAAGCACCUGCCGAUGCGAGAGAUGAUCUUUUGUUUGGCAAUAUUUUUAACCAUCUUUCACCAUCCAAGAGAAUAUUUUAUGUUUCGCCUGAUAGUGAAUAAAUGUCUUGUGAUGGAGUUUGUGCGCACGAUUGUCAGGCAAGUAGAAUGCAUUAAAGAAAAUCUUGAAAAAAUAGAAGAAGACCUCAAGGCAAUAAGAAAUGCCUCAGAUUCGUGGACCAAUAAUAGCAUAGCAAGUUUUUUCGAGAUACUCGUAGAGAGACUAGAAAUAGCGAAUAUUCCUAACAAAGCGUAUCUUGCUAAGCAACUUCACCAAAAGAGAACGAGGCCAUCCUUUACGGUCGUAGUGGAACUGUUCAAAACAAUGAAGAAAUAUGACAAACAGUGGGCCACUUCAAAGAUUCCUGAAAUGAAACAGCUUGUGAAGGAAUGUAGAGAGCAUCUUGUCGCGGCUAUUAAAAAUCAUAUACCAAGCGCGUUACAUCCAGCAAACGUUGCUGAUCGCUUGAUCGCACAAAUGAAAAGCAAUACAUUAAUCGACACAGCUGUAACGGGCAUCGUCGCCAAUGAAUCGUUCAACAUGGAAGCGUUUAUGGGUGGCAAGGAUCGACGAUCUAUAAGAAAGCUACGGAAAUGCUACAAGCACGGUAAACAGUUUUAUUCACUCUGGAAAAUUCACAACUGCUUUUCGGACAUGGACAAAGCUUCCCUGGAACAUCCGGAAGUAUCUUUUGGUUGUGUAAAACGCGCACUAUCGGUGCUCGGCGAAUCGGUGAAAAACACGAACAGUACCCCUAAUAUGCCCAACAAAUGGAUUUAUCUAAUGUUUCAAAAAUUCCUAACUUGUCAGUUUACAGAUUGUACCAUCUUUCUUCGCAAUGUCUACGCGAAGCAAUUUUCCCUAGCGAGACUGUCCAUAACGUAUGAUAUGGAGAGAGAAAUAUUGAAGGAGGUGUCCGAACAAGUGGUACCUUUCUUAUUAAAGUUACGUAUUUUGUUUAUUUCUGCACUUGCUGGUAUCCGACGCACCUUCUGUGGGAUGCUAUAUCGGUGUGCUUCGUUGGAAGCGUUACGAUCGCUGUUACAGUAUGCUAAUAUUGAGAUAGAUGCCUCCGGUGAAGAAACACAUUGGUACGCAGAGGUGGAAUAUUUUUUUAACCAUAAAACGCCAAAUCCUAAACGGCCAGUGAAGCAUGCAGCUCUUUUUGAACAAGUAGAGCUGCAGUUAAUACAACAGUGUGCGAUGAUUAAAGAGUGGUUGGCAAUGAUACAUACACAGAAUAGAGUACCGUUCUCGAGUUUGCGCCAAACUUGCUUUGCCUGCAACGAUAUCACCACUAUUCGACGAUUGCUAAGAUGGAAGCUGGAAUUGUGUUAUCCAAAUAAAAUGCUGCAAAGGAUGUGUAGCACAUGGAAUUCUUCUACACUUGAGCGGAUAAAUAUUUCAACGCUUUUUCCUUCGCUGUCUGCAAUUGAUCCAGAUACGGUGAGCGGAAAUCUACGAACAAUUCAGCAAGCAAUGGGUUCUGCACACAAUUGCAUCGACCACACUAGGAAGCUUACCUUCGACUUCAGAAUAGCUAACAGCAUCGAUGAGACCAUGCUCGAGGAGCUCAAUACUAUGUUGCGACCGUACUAUGAUAACAUGUUCCUUCUGGACCAUAAGUGGAAAGCACUUCAAACGUUCUGCAAAAAACAUCAAUUACCAUGGAAUAUCCCACUGGCAGCCGAGCUAAGAGUGCGUGAUCAGGCUCUUUUGCAGCAGCUGUUUGACAAUCGACGGAAAAAGUUACGAUCGUUGCUUGAGAUACACGGCAUCCGAAAGGUGGAGGAUAUUGCCAUCAUGAUAAAAAAUGAUUAUCCGCUGGUCAAUGCCUCCAUUCAGUAUUAUCAACAGGAAAUCUGCGAAAUGUUGACUGCAGUCGGAUACUUUGGAGAUAGUUUCCAUUACCUAAAGCAUCGCCUACCGAUGAUCAUCGGGAAAAGCUAUCGCAAUCUCCUUGCACACGAUAACCUGUCAUACAACGUUCUAACAGACGGAGGAGAUGAAAAGAUAGUGAUCAAUGCAUUCAUAUUGGCUCACAAGACACAUUACUUAUUCGAUGAAAGGCAAGGCGAUCAGAUCGAGUUCAGCUUCCCCGCUAUAGAAGACACAUACGAGUGGAUCGACGAUCAGCAUCGACUACUGACAGCAGUUAAAUUAGAUGAUGUAGACCAGGUACACAGAAUAAUGCAAACUGGAGGAGAUUUGCGCAAGUUGUUUUGUACUUCCCCUUUCCACCAGCGUGAACGGGUAAACUACCUGCUACAGCAUGUUUGACGGUUUUGUCUUUCGAAUUCAGCCGUCAUUAACCUUUUGGGUCGUUAUUUUCCAACUUUCGCUGAUUACAAUCACUGUCCAGACAUAAUCUGGCAGAAAGCGCUUGAUCGGCAAGAAUAUGAAAAAGUUGUUGAGCUUUUCAGCAUUAAAACAGUAGUUAAAAACGAAUGCAAUCUGGAGAGUACAAUCGAAACCGUGAACAGAGUUCCAGAGAAUGUUUUUGCUUGGCCGAUGUUUUUAUCUCGAGUUUUAGCUAAAACGAUGACUGCAAUAUCCUGGCGAGACAAACAAGUAUAUCUAAAUCUAUUUCUCGAUUACGGUAAUGAGUCAUGUGCUCGGGAAAUGAUUUCUAGUUAUAUUAAGAAUCCCGAACAAUCUACAGUAAGCCAUGCGAUGAUACGUGGAAUGUACUCGGUAGUCGAGUUGUUGGUGCAGAACACAUUCCGUCUACAGGCGAAUGAUAUGGAGCACGCGAUCAUCAUGCAUUGGAAUGAUCUGCUGCCUGCUAUUGCAGUCAAGACUAAACUCGAUGCAAAAGAGUACGUGACUCUGCUAGAAACAGCUGUAAAGGUACACAACGAAAAGGCGGUAGAAUAUUUGCUUCAAGACACGCUAAAGCGUACCGCCAAAGCUCUUAAAGUGUGUAUCAUAACUGCUGCACUUCAUGGCAGAGACAACGUGUUAAAGCAAUUGCUAGAAGAUUAUCCUAUCAAAGAUUGUACGGUUCUUUCCACUGCCCUUCAUCGAGCUGCUUUAUAUUGCCGGUGGCGUUGCGUAAGAACUCUGUUAGAGACAAAAGCAGCCGCUGAUGUGUUUAUGUCUGACUUUAAAAGUGUGGACGCAAACACUCUACUCUUGCUUGUCACUUGUGAUCAAGUUCAGCUCAUUGGAAAAAUUGAACUCGUAAACCUUGCGGUCUACUGCACAAGCAUGACGCAUCCUCUUGCUGUGGCUAUACGCUAUAGUACAGAUACUCCUAGAAUGAUUGCAACGUUACGCCUGCUAGGUUUCGGGUGGCUCGAUUGCACCUCGAUUCUGCACGAAAUAAUACUUCAAGGAGGCGACCAACCCUCUUGGAAUGCAAUAUGGAGUGACAUCGAUGAUCAGCUGUCUAAGACAUUUACUCUCAAUUCUGAUCACUGCACUUUAGUUAUCAAUGUGCUGCAACGCUGGAAAACGAUCGCGUUCGUCGAGCAAUACUUCCUUAUGCUGUGCCAUACAAUCGAACGACAAAUCAAUCCUUCGGACACUACUCAGCCGCUCUCAUGACAUGAGGAACCUCAACGAUAGUGGAAUUCUUCAAGGGAUUGUGUUCCAGAUCGGUUCUUCGAUCGUUCGACUCGAUACCGAGCAUGAACAAUGGGAUGUGCGGACAUGCUGUGACAAGAUGAUCAACAGAAUGACCCACCUGUUUGCGAGUUCGAAUGAAAUGUGUUGGCAGGAGUUUACAAUCGUUUGCGGUGAAGUGAUGGUUCACUUUUCUGUGUUUCCUUCUGAAGAAAUAUCCCAACCAGCGGCAGUAGAGUUCAUGA